GCAUGUGUAAUAAUAAUAAUACAAUAAUAUAAUAUAUGGUAGGCUUGGCUAGUCUAGUCAUUUUUUAUGAAUUAGGUCAUUUUGCAUAGUAUUUUUUUCAAAUAACGACUGUACUUUUACUGUGAGUACAUUUACUGUAUACAGUGGUAUUGAUACUUAACGCUUCGUUUACGAGGAGUCAUUGAAUGCACCACACGUUAUAGGCUGUUGUACUGAAGUUGCCCACAGGAGCUGAGAGUCGACUGUCCAGUAAACUGAUACAGGCUAAUGUGCGGAGGACUGCAGCGACCGCAGGCAAUCUUGACGCUUCUCUCGCAAAUCUAAGUGAUUUUGGAUCCUAUAUUUUUUUCUUGGACGAAGGAAAAUGUUUUAGUUUAAGAUUUUUUUCUACUAUGACUUUACUAUCUACCUAGUUUAGAGUUUUUCUGUGAAACCUGUGACAUCUGCAGCCUUCUUAAAGUUUCCAUAAUUCUACUGGGGAGAGUGUUUUUUAAUCUGCAGAGCUGCAGCCAUGCAGCAGGAGCUUUUAUUUAAAGUCCUGGUCAUCGGGGACUUGGGAGUCGGAAAAACGUCCAUCAUCAAGCGGUACGUCCAUCAGAUCUUCUCCCAGCACUACAGAGCCACCAUCGGGGUGGACUUCGCCCUGAAGGUGCUGCAGUGGAACAAUGACACUGUGAUCCGGCUACAGCUGUGGGACAUAGCAGGACAGGAGCGGUAUGGGAACAUGACUCGUGUCUAUUACCGGGAGGCGGUGGGAGCACUGGUGGUGUUUGACGUGACAAGGGCCUCCACGUUCGAUGCCGUGCUGAAGUGGAAGGAUGACCUGGACUCCAAGGUGACUCUGAACCAUGGCAGGCCAGUUCCAUCUGUACUCUUGGCCAACAAGUCAGACCAGCUGGGUUCUCAGCAGCCAAAACUCGACUCCUUCUGCAGGGAGAACGGCUUUGUUGGCUGGUUCGAGACCUCUGCAAAAGAGAACACAAACAUCGAGGAGGCAGCACGCUGCUUGGUAGAGCACAUCCUGAACAAUGAGGAGAGCCCGGUGGCAGAACGAGACCCCGGCUCCCUCGUCCUGUCUGGAUACUCUAACACCGCAAAGGAUCAUCUCAACUGCUCGUCAUGCGUGAAAUGGUGACUCUUUAAAGACCAGUCGCAGACAACCGAGGAGUUAACACCUGUGAGGCCUCGGCCACAGAGAUAAGUUUGGCUCAGGGACUGUUUGUUAAAAGAAUGUGUCCAUGUGCUGUGUUCACACUGCAGGCCAAUAUGAUACCUGGCACACAAAAUAGAGAGUUUUAAUGACGUUUCAGACAUGAUUCUUGUAGAUUCUUAAAAAUUUGUAUGUUUUGUUUGUAAUUUAUGGUAAAAGAAAAGUCUGAAAUUCUUUAAAUUCUUGGAAGAUAUGCAUUAAAUGUGAUAUGUGUCAGAUGUGUGGCAACCUUUUAGUUUUAUAGUUGUAGAUAAAAACUAAUAACACAGGUUCAUUCGUUAUUUCUUUUCUGCCAUGGACUUUGUACAGACUUAUUUUUUCUGGUAAAGGUAUUAAAAAUAUCUUGUUGUUACAUUUGCACAAGAAAAAAUGGUACACACAGUAUUUAAUAUAUACAGUUUCUGCAUGAUUCUCUUUGCUUGCUUUGAACAUAUCUGACACUGUGACCUUGACAUUUGGCUGAACUGCCAGCUCCCAGUGGUAUGGGUUUUCUCACUCUUACAUAACGUGGAAAAAAUCCAAAUUUUGGCAUUUUUCUCUGCAGUGUGGACACAGACAUAAAAAACAUUAAGCCUUCUCACAUUCUUUGCACUUUUGUUCAGCCCACUUUCAUGCCAUCUCUAUUAAGUCAAAGGAUGUGAGGGAGAGAAAUUAAAUCUUUAAAAAAUCUGAACGCAGAUGAAACUGCAGUUCUGAAGAUGUCUCUUGAAUCUGCAUAUUGUGGAUUUAAUGUAAGUGCGCCUACAUUAAAAACAUCUUCAAUUGCAUUUGAGUUUAGCUGAGUGUGAGGGAACUGACUGUACCACAAGCUGUCAAAGGCCUGAGAGCCAUUUUCUAUUAGUUUCAUCAAAACUGAAACAGUGUCUCUGUCCACACAAUCCCCACAUUUGAGUGUGACCUGUCACAGAUUUCACAAAUUACCUCUGCAGAAUCAGUUUACUGGUUCAAAAUGAAGGAUUACAUUGCAAUUUGACCAGAUUUGUCUGCUCAUUCUUGACCUUUGAAACAGUUUGACAAAAAAAAGUACACAGAUAUACAGCAUAACAAUUGGUUAUCAUGGUCACAUGAAAACUACUGAGCAAACUACCUGGUGAGAAGACCAUGAUAUGCAGUUGAAAUCUCAGGAAAAAAAGCUGGAAAGUGGACCACAGGAUCCUUUUCUUUGACAUACAGAGGCUUCAGAAAUUAUUUAGACACCUUCACUCGUAGCACAGUGUAUUAUGUUAUGGAAUGAAUUUAAGAUGGAUAAAAUUGAUUUAAAAAAAAUAAAAUCUACACUCAGUAACACUGAAGAAAUUGAAAACAUGCUUCUAUAAAGUGACUGAUAGACUUUCCAAGAAGAAAUGUUAACAAAUGACAACUAAGAGACAUAAAACCACCAUGAAGAGACGCAAAACAACUGCAAAAACACACAAAAUGUCCACAAAGAGACAAAAGAAUCAGGGCUCGAAAUAUGAGUCUUGGCAAAUUUUUACUAAUUUUACAAAUGUGCCCCCCUUCUCUGAGUCUUUGUCCCAGUCUGCAGAUUGUCUCCCCUCAAUCUUCAGAGACAGUCGUCAUGGUGAGUUUGUCAAAUUGUGAUUAAUGUUGCGUGUUUUUUUUGCUCUUCUGGGAGACGAGGUUUAACCGGUUCUACUUGCAUGAAAUGAACAAAUGUCUAGUGACUUGUUGAGUUUGUGUUGACUUGUGUCCGACAGUUUACUAGCCUCCUAUCUGUCAUUACAGAGGUCAGAGCCUACUAUCCAUCUGCUGAACAGUACAGCCUUGCUUCAUUGCAAAUGUGAUGUAAGAGGAAUCCUUUUGUGUAAGAUUAAUACUCAGCAUCUGAAGGAUGCAUUCUAUGUAUUGAUAACUGGACUUUUCAUAUAUAAAGACAUUUUCUUUCA